AUGAGGCAACAAUAUUCCAGAUAUUCGGUCCAAUCCGCGACUAGUGCACCUCCUCGAUUUGCAGGCAGGAGAAUUGAUCGCCCCGUUUAUUCUGGUCCGGGUCAGAGUUCGAGAGUCUCAGGUCCUCAGUUUGGAGGUGAUUCUGGUCAAGAGAGACCACCGGUACCACGAUGUAGCCAGUGCAGUAUAUUACAUUCGAGCCAGUGUCGCCGUGGCUCAGAUGCUUGUUACGCCUGUGGUCAGACUGGGCACAUGAUGUGUGAUUAUCCCUCGAUGGGUGGUAGAGUUGGGGCCCAGCCUAGAGGAUCAGCAGCCAGCUCUUCUUCGUCCGUGUACCCCGUAGGGCAGACUCCCCAGGCUUCAGCAGGCUGUGGUAGGGGCAGAGAGGUAGCACCUAGUUCAGGUGGCCCUCAGCCUUUGAUUGACCCGGGUUCUACCUUUUCGUAUAUUACUCUGUAUAUUACUGAUCGUACUGGGGGGAAACCCGAGCCAAUUAAACCUUUCGAG